AUGCUGCCAAAGCUCACAAAUCUACACAAAUUGAAUAUUAGUGAUGUCUCAGGUGAUUAUGCCAAUGCACUACAUUCAUCACUCCAGAUAUUGCUUCAGCUUGUCUCUUUAACCAUACAAGGAUCUGCAAUUCCUUUUGAUAGUGUCAUUACAGCCUUUUCCAAUCAACGUUGCCUCAAGAAAUUUGUUCUUUAUGGAAAGUUAAACUGCAGACAGCUUCCACGCAAUGAUUUAUUUCCUCAACAACUAGAGAAACUAGUCUUUCUUUAUUCUGAAUUGGAGCACGAGCCAAUGGCAACACUAGAGAAGAUGCAACAUCUCAAAUAUCUAGUACUUGGAGACACAUAUCAAGGCAAAAAGAUGAUAUGUUCGGCGACAGGUUUCCCACAACUAUUGUCCUUGGAUUUCCGUGGCUCUGAUGAACUUGAGGAGUGGAUGAUAGAGGAGAACGCAAUGCCAUAUCUCAGAAAUUUAAAAAUCCGUAAGUGUCCAAAUUUGAAGAUGAUUCCAGAAGGACUAAAGAAUGUGCAACUUGAUAAAUUGGUAUUGGAGGAUGUGUCUGAAGAAUUAAAAACUAGGAUUACAGAGAAUACUAUAGAAGACUGGCACAAGAUACAACAUGUGCCCAAAAUCUCCAUUAAAUAG